CCCUCCCCAGAGUGGGGCGGGACCCCAGGAGGAGCAAGGGAGUAGGGCCGCUGGAGAGGACCAGACACUGGAGAGGCGAUAUGGCAGGAACCAGCCUUGGAGCCCGCUUCUACCGGCAGAUUAAGAGACAUCCUGGGCUUAUCCCGAUGAUUGGCUUCAUUGGCCUGGGCAUGGGCAGCGCUGCACUCUACUUGCUACGGCUCGCCUUGCGCAGCCCGGACGUCUGCUGGGACCGAAAGAACAACCCAGAGCCGUGGAACCGCCUGAGCCCCAAUGACCAAUACAAGUUCCUUGCAGUUUCCACUGACUAUAAGAAGCUGAAGAAGGACCGGCCAGACUUCUAAGCCUGGCAGCAGUGCACGUCCAUGUGAACCACCAGCCAGCCUACUCAUUUCUUCCACUCUCCACCCUCCACCCCAGGGCGCCACUCUAGCCACCCUGUCCAGCUCUUGCUUACACAGGCCGGGUUCCCACGAGGAGGGGAGGUAGCCCCACCCCCAGCCUCUUCCCUCACUCCCAGCAGCGGAAGCGCCUCUGACCCUCAGCUUGAGUCUCACGAGGGGGAGGGGGAGCUAGGAGGGCAGGCAGCAUCCUGGUUGACCUAAAAGGGCCAUGUCAGCCCCUCUGCCCCGCUACCCGGGCCUCACAGGGUGUGGUGUGUAUGCUACGUGUUGAGCGUGGCCUACGUGAGCCAAGAGCAAGCAGGGGCCUCUGAUUGCCAAGUGACGUGGCGGGCCCCAUGUUAGCCCAGGCUCCAGGCGCCAGCCCAGGGGCGGUGCUGCCCUGACUCGACUGGGCUCGACUGGGCUCGCCCCUGACAGCCCAGCCAGCUUGUGAGGAUGCACCUACGUCCCUCUGCGCAGCUCGCUCCUCCUGGUGCCCAAGCCCGCUGCCUCUCGUGCCAAUGGGCACCCCCUCCUGCCUCACACCUGGGCCUCUCCCUGCCUUCCCCACCCCUCCCUUGCCCCCCUCCGUCCCCAGGGAUCAAACAGAAGCAGCCGUGGGCAA